AACCGCGCAGAAAGAGACGCCCGACUCUUUGCAGCGUCGGUCUCUGAGGCCAGCCGCAUUCCUUUCCCCGGCCGGCCGCCUGUGUCUCGCUGCCAGGUGGCUGCUGUGGCAACCGAAACGCCUCCAACGACCGGCCAAAGUCGCUUCCGCCGGAGAUCGAAGGGCACCGCUGGGCUCCGGCCCGCUUCCACCUUAAUCAGCACCAAACAUAGUGCUACAAUGCAGGACGGCUUCGAGAAAAAAGAUGGAACUUCUGGAAAACAUAUUAUAAAUCCAAAGGAUCUGAUAGAAUUAUUUGAUGAUGAGAAAGAAGAGAAAAGGGAUAAAGCAGCACAUAUCAUUCAAAAAACCUGGAAAAAAUGGCUGGAUAUGGGUGUAUUUGAAUACUAUAAAGAGCUUAUAGGCUUUAAGCAGUAUGGGGAACCUUCCCAUCUUAUGAAGUACAUUGAGCCUAGAGAGGCAGAAUUUUUAGAUGCUGCAGCAGGAGUUCAUAUUAAAUUCAGACUAGGUGGGGAAAAGUUUCCUCCCAGCAUAUACUAUAAAAUAUUUACUCAUAGACCUAUUGUGGAUUUAUGCGCAAAUAGUCCCAAAGACUACGCGAAGAUUGCAACCAAACCAAAUCCAAGAAAGUUGGAGAAAGGAAGCGUCAGUGAAAGUACUGAUGACUGGUAUAAACGCAUCGAGAAUAAUGGAUGGAGACUUCUUUCCAUUAGAUAUUGGAAGGGUGUGGACCCUUUAACAACGAAAGACAAUACAAAAAUCCAGGAAUUCCAUCAUUCUCCUCAGCAGAGGAAACGGAACAUGGUGAAAAGAAGAAAGGCAAGAAAAAUCGAAUGGCUGCAAAAAAUGUACUUUGGCAAAAAUCUGCAAGUUAAAACAGAGAAUCCUGAGGCAACUGCUUUAAUUCAGAGAGCAACAGAAGGGCUAAUCAAGUCCCUGGAGAAAGAAGGAAUAGAUCAAGUGAUGGAAUGGGAAGUAGAUGAGAUGUUAAAGUGGACAAAUGCAUUGAAUUAUGACGAAUAUGUUAAACUAUGGAAAGAAGUUGGAACAAGCAAGACUUCAGAAAGUUUUCAAGCUUUCCAGUUUACUCAACAACACUAUAACGUUUCUGAACUGAUACCAAAGAACAUUCAAGAAAUAAUGAAAUCUCAGCUAAUGUAGACUAAAAAGAGACCUAUUAUCAACUCACUCUAAUAGAUGCAGAAGAAAAAAAAAACACAUCUGGCAACUGAAUAUUCAUCAGUCACAACAGUAUCAACAUAAAACUUCAGGAGACAAAAAUAGAAACUUGGUAUAAAAAGAUGAAAUCUAUGCAUUUGUCAAGUUAAUGUGCCUUAACACAUUAACAUAAAAUGUAAUGAAUGUAAAAAAAAUUGAAAUUAAAUUUAUUUAGUUUCCUAGUGAACUUAUUUUGUGAUAGAUGACAUGUCUGUUGCAAUAUACACAAUUUGUAACAUUUCUUAAUUCUCCAAGAUUUAGUUUUAAUCAUUAUUUUUUUUGAUUCUGACAAGCUUAAGGUAUUACAUGUAAGUGAGCAAAGAUAUGGAAACAACACAAUCACAUAUUAUUGUUCAAAUAGUGAUAACAGAAGGUGGUCCCUGCUGAGGUUUGGCAUUGAUCUAUAAACAACUUGAGUGACCAUUAAUCAGUAGCUGGAAAAUUUGAGCAUUCAAGUCUCUCUGCUGAAAUC